AUCUGGUCAGGUCAUGUCAGGAGUGCAGUAGGUUGUGUUACAGCAUUGUAAUGGCUGUCUUCUGGUUGUUGUGUUCGGGUGUCGAGAGCUGAGCAACGUUAGUAGUUUUCUAUUAUUUUAUGCGCGCUGCUCGUUGUCCAUUCAGUUUUGCUUGAUCUGUGGUAAGACACUGAGCGUUGAGUUUGUUUUGUUCAAUGUGCCCGGUUCGUAGUUUUUGUGAACCUAGUGCGACCGGCUCGUUCAACUUGCCAUCAUGUUAGGCCUAGGCGCGGUGAAGUGCGCCCGCCUGUGCGAGCUGAGCUUUCCGCAAGAAAUCAAACGUGGGCUUGCCUUGCGAACUUGUCGUUAAGGGAGGCGAAAUCGCACUGUAGUUCGCACAUGCUUUACACGCGCAUCCAACAAAGGGGUUCUAUUCCCCACAUGCACCCAGAAAGACCCAUUGCCUCUUCAGUGUGCCAGGGCCUGUUUGGUUAUUUCCCCAGUAAAGGCGUGAAGCACCUGGAGGCACAGAUCAAACACUCGGGCUAUUUGCUUGGAUGCCAAAUAACAGCAAGGUUGAAGAGGAUAGUGAGGCCACCGUAGGGUUUGAGUGCCCUUGAGCAAGUGGAAGUAGUAUGGCAUCCGCUGAGGAGCACCAGGAACUUGCAGUUGGCAGCAGUGGUGCAAGUGAUUGUGAGUGCUCUGCUACUGGCAGCUUAGCUGGACCACUGUCACCUGAAGCACCAGGGAGUGCGCUUGAAGAGGGGGAAGUGGUGGCUGAGAGAAAGAGCAAGGAAGCAGCAGUGCAGGAAGUUGAACCUGUUACUGUUGCACCAAUCCACUCUCCUGGGGGCUGCAAUGAGGGGGUCGUUGAGAGUGAGGAAGAGGGCGCUGUUCAUAGCCCAGAGCCUGCAUCACAACAGCACUUAACCGAGAACAUCAGUACGGAUGCCGCGGAGGCAGCCCCUGCUGUGCCCAUGGCAAAGAAGUGCCUCAACAGCCGCUCUAUGGAGCCCCUGGAAGGAGAACUGGACUUUGAGGAUGAUGCUCCACCGGAGUCACCUAGCGGAACCUCACUUGACAAAGCGCCAAGCAAAGAGAACAAGGGUGGCAAAACAAAAGCAGACUUAGAAGAGGGAGAGGCUGAAGAUGAUGACGAAGUGUCUGAUGUCAGUGGUACAGAGCUGACGGUGCAGGAUGAUGACUUGGAAGAAGGUGAACUACCCGAGGGUGCUGGUGGAGGUACCGGAGCUACACGUAAGGCUGCCCAAGCGCCGCGCCCUAUCUGUCGAUUUUUCAACAAGGGACAGUGUACGUGGGGUUCUUCCUGUCGAUUCAUUCAUCCAGGCAUAAAUGACAGGGGCAACUACAACAUGUUUGCCACCGUUCCCAAGCCGCCUCUCCACCACAAUACCCCGCCACUUGGAGGACCAGCAGCAGUGAUGCGUGGUGGAGCGCCACCGCCAGAGUUUCUUGGGCCCCCAAUGCCACCGCUGCCACAACCACCAGAAGAAAUGAUGCUGCCACCAGUAGAGUCUGCAUGGGAGCGAGGUCUCCGUCAUGCUAAAGAACUUAUGAAGCGUGCUUCCCGUCGUAAAGAGCAGGAGCCUGACUUUGAGGAGAAGCGGCUCAACAUAGUACCUCCACAUCAUGAUCGGACCCCGCUACAAUCUGAGGUUGACAAAGAAAAUGACUUCUAUGGGGCAAGUGCGCCUCCAACUUCUCGGGGCAUGAGUCCUCCUUAUGUGCGGCCUUCAAUGCCACCACCUUCUUCUCACCACCUUUCCAGAGGUGGGCGGAAAAGUGAUAGCCGCAGGGAUGAUUUCUAUGGCUUCGAUGAGCCAGACCCUCUUGAGCAUUCUGAGCGAGAGUCCAGAGAUAAUUGGCAUGGUGGACGCUACGAUAACUUUGAAGUGCGCUGGAGCAAUCGGCAGGAGUAUGACCACAGGGAUCGAAGGGAAAAGGACCGAAGACCUGGUCGGAGUUAUGAUAGAGAAAAAGGUAGCUAUUCUCAUAGCACUCGAUCUGAUCGACCACAUGGCGGUGGCUCUGAAAGGGAACCACGCUGGAGGGAGCACCGCUUCCAAGUCGCCCCACCUCCAGCUUCAAAUCGUUCACGACCUGAUGAAUGGCGAGAUCCAUGGAGGAGGUCAAAGACUCCAAAAGGUCGAAGGAGUAGAUCCAAAGGUCGUAAUCGGAGGUCCUUUUCAAACUGUUCCUCCCGAUCACAUUCAUCCCGGUCAUCAAGGACAUCUGACAGUCGCUCUCGCAGCUCUUCUUCUCGAAGCUCUUACACCAGUUAUGACAGCCGUUCCAGGUCCCGGUCACCUGCCCGUGCUGCUGCUUCAGCUGGAAGGCCACGUGGCAAUCGGCCCCCAUCAAAGGGACCACUCAUCCAAGGGCCAGGCAAGCAGGGUGGUGGUGCAAGCGGUGGAACCAGUGGUGGCACAGGUGGUGCAAAAUCUCCUAUACUGGAUCGUCGAAAACAGCACAAUCCCUCACCUCCUCCUAGCACUACUCCCUUAAGUCCAUCCCGCAAGUCCCGGAAGAAAGCACCCAGCCCUCCACAAAGCAAGCAGAAGAAGUCACGAAGUGGCAGCUUCUCUGCCAGUUCCUCACGAUCCCGCAGUCGGAAAACAAUUUUAUCUAAGGGAGGGAGACUUGAAACAAAGAAACGUUUCAUGGCCACGUCAAGCUCAUCUCGCACACCAUCACGUUCACGGUCUCGAAGCUACACCCGCAGUCCCAGCUUGAACAGUGUUUCUUCAACUUCGAGUUCAGCCAGCUGCCGUAAGUUCCGCAGUUCAUCGCGCAGUGGUGCUGGCAUUCCCCCUUCUAGGAACCCAUCGCCACCAAAGAAAGUGUCUGAGGGAUCCAAAAAACGAAUCGAGAAAGACUUGCUGACCAAGGGCACCCCUCCUGCUAAAAAAGAGAUGCCACCGGCACCUCCAACGUCUAUGGAAUUUGGUCAAAGCGGCCUGAUUCUUCGUUGCCGGGAGCCACUGCCUCCUCCUCCUCUGAAUCUUGGUGGCUUUGAGGACGACGCGGCUCAGCGGCAGGCCCGCGAAGCCGCAUUACGCCAGCAGGGUGUCUCACCGAAGCCUCAGAUAAAGCUUACCCUCAUUAAAAAGUCACUUCCAUUGGCGGCGUUAUGCAAAAAGGAGGAGCCAGCUGUUAAAAACAACGAAGACAAAGGUGCCAAGAAACGUCCAGCCUCUCCAAAGUUGGCCUCAUCACCCUCUCCUCCACCCACUGGUCGUAAAUCAACCACUUUGAGGCGUGAGGAAUUAUUGAAGCAGCUGAAGGCAGUUGAAGAUGCCAUCGCCCGCAAGCGAGCCAAAUUUAGCUAGCCUUCUGCAGCUUCUCCCAUCAAAUCACCAUUGCUUUCCCACUUUGAGUAAUCCUAUGUAAAUAAAAUCGAGCAUCUGUUGAAAUGUGAAAAUAUAGCAGUGCUCCCGUUCUUUUUGCUGCGCACACUUCGAUGCUUAAUGAUACUGUGACAUCCAAAAUAUGAGAAAAGAAUUAAACGUUAGAACAGCCUUUGUGAGGACAGGCUCCCUGUUUACCAUGUGUAGCUGGCUCUAUAACAGGGUUUAGGACACUUCAUGGUGUGUAUGCCCUUAUAUGUAGUGUUUGCACUUAGAGUAGACUUUCAUUAAACGAAAUCUGAAGGGACCAGUAAAAUGUGUUCCAUUUACUGAGAGAUGAAUACCGUUUACUGAGAGAUGAACGGGGGCGCACAAUGUGAGAACAAAGCCAAUCUUGUCAGAAUCAUUUCCAUUUAAGCAGCAGUUCUGUUACAAUUUUCGUUUGCUGAAAGUCUACUGCACUUGCAAACAGUGCUGUUUGCAAAUGCAAGAAUCUGUGCAGGGUUAUUUUUCAAAGUAAACAUGAAUACAACUAUGGACAGCAUCAAUGGUUGCAGUGGUAGGAAUGCUGAAACAAUUGCUCCAAACUGCUGCAUUUCAUUAACACUGUUGGAUCAUGCUGUAAAUAAACAAAAUUGUUUAUUGCUUUUCA